UUCUGAGCUUUCUUUUUCUCCGCCCGGCAGAAAGAGGAGCGCACCAUGCUGGAAGACACCAAGGCGGCCCUGUUGGACUUGGACAAAGUCACUGUGUUCUUCAGGCAACUGGAGGACGAGUGUCUCGUCGCAAACUCACCAGUGUGUUACCAGGUGGAGGGCAGCCGACAGGCCCUGAGGGUCACCCUGUUCCUGGACAGCUGUCACUUCAGUGAGCUGCCCAGCCGGCUGCAGAACGGAGGCAGCCUCAAACUGCACACCGUCCUCUUCACCAGGGCUCUGGAGCGUCCGGAGGGAAUGUCCCAGCAGGACUACGCAGCCAUGGAGGAGAUCCAGCAGCGCACCAACGCUGUCUCACUGGAGAAGGUCAAGGCUUACUACCGCAGACUCAGGUACAGCUACACUGCAUCUCAGCCCUCCAGAGGAGUUCCUCACCAGCACUCAGGAUCUAUUUCACCUGAAAGGGAGAGUUCAGCCCGUGGUGUUGCAUAACUUGGCAGAAACUAC